ACAUUCUGUGAAAUCAAGGAAAUUGUCGAUGAUAAUGCCAUUGGGGCAAGAACGGUAGUUGCGGCUGACUUGAAUGGAGAUGGAUGGAUCGAUCUCGCAUCGGCAAGCAAGGACGACGAUACCGUGGCAUGGUACCCCAACGACGGCACCGGUCACUUUCCUACCAAGAUUGUCAUCUCCAAGGACGACGAAGCAUUAGGGGCAUACUCCCUUGUCGCCGCUGACAUUGAUGGGGACGGUCAUCAAGAUCUCGUAGUGGCAUCCAAUGGGAAUGACCACGUUUCGCUCUGGCGCAAUGACGGCAAGGGAAAUUUCUCCAAGACACUCAUCUACGACAAUGCCGAUUUUGUACUCUCGGUGACAGCCGUCGACUUUGAUCGAGAUGGCGAUCUCGAUGUCGCAUCGGCAUCGUUUUUUGAUGGAUACAUUCGAUGGUACGAAAACGUCGACGGAAAAGGAUAUGUCUGGAAGAAUCAUACCGUCUACGUGGGGAUUCAAGGACAUUAUGUGGCCCAUGGAGACAUGGACGGGGAUGGUGACGAUGAUCUUAUUGCCGUCACGCAUGCCGAAAACACGUCGCCGUCUUUCUCGCACAAACCAACUGCGACGAAGACAAUCACACAGACAUCAAUCAGCACAAGAGAGAAUGCUGUCAUGUCGGCACGGAAUGGGAUGGACAUACCUGCGUAA